CAUUUAAAGCUAACGUACUAAAAGUCAGAAUUUGGGAAAACAUUCACGAUGAACAGGCAUAUGUCAAAAGAAGAAAGCUUUGCCCAAAGACGUAAACUGUUCAAAGAAGUAUGGACAACGGGUGUUGACGGGGAUGAUCAAAAUAGUAACAGGCCUAAAGUUGUAAAGACAUUGAACUUGAAUGACAUAGAGCGGUCGACUGGUAAAAGAAAGAAGCAGAAUAUACGAAACUUGAGAACAGUUUGUCAGGAUCUGCUUGAGUACUGCGAUCGUCAAGAAGCUAAUUGUUCGUCAUCAAGGUCUACAGGGCCUAAAAAUCGUGAAGAAUCCCGUGCAGAACAUAGUAGGGAUGGUAGAGUGAAACCGAAGGCUAAAAAUAGAAGUCAAUCUAGAAGCUUGAAGCUACCAAAAUCUGAUGCUUGAAAUGAUUAAUGAAUACUUGUAAUAUAGGUACCUACC